AUGACUGGAAACAACCAAACUUUCAUCUUGGAGUUCCUCCUCCUGGGUCUUCCCAUCUCAUCAGAGUAUCAUCUCCUGUUCUAUGCCCUGUUCCUGGCCAUGUACCUCACCACCGUCCUGGGAAACCUGUUAAUCAUUAUUCUCGUUCGACUGGAUUCCCAUCUCCACACACCCAUGUACUUUUUUCUCAGCAACUUGUCCUUCUCGGAUUUCUGCUUUUCCUCUGUUACAAUGCCCAAAUUACUUCAGAACAUGCAGAGCCAAGUACCGUCCAUAUCGUAUGCAGGCUGCCUAACUCAGAUGUUCUUCUUUAUGGUUUUUGCAGAUUUGGAGAGCUUACUCCUUGUGGCCAUGGCCUAUGACCGCUAUGUGGCUAUCUGCUUUCCUUUGCAUUAUACUAGCAUCAUGAACAUCAAGUUUUGUGCUUCAUUAGUGCUAGUACUGUGGAUGCUGACAACAUCCCACGCCCUGAUGGAAACCCUACUCAUGGCUAGAUUGUCUUUUUGUGAGAAAAAUGUGAUUCUCCAUUUUUUCUGUGAUAUUUCUGCUCUUCUGAAGUUGUCCUGCUCAGACACUUAUGUUAAUGAGUUGAUGGUAUUUAUCAUGGGUGGGCUCUUCAGUAUUAUUCCAUUUCUACUCAUUGGUAUGUCCUAUCUAAGGAUUUUUUUGACUAUUUUCAAGGUUCCAUCUUCUCAGGGCAUCCGCAAGUUCUUCUCCACCUGUGGUUCCCAUCUGUCUGUGGUGUCUUUGUUUUAUGGGACAAUUAUUGUUCUCUACUUAUGUCCAUCAGGUAAUAAUUCCACUGUGAAGAAGAGUGCCAUGGCUAUGAUGUACACAGUGGUGACUCCCAUGCUGAACCCCUUCAUCUACAGCCUGAGGAACAGAGAUAUGAAGAGGGCUCUAAUAAGUGUCUGCAGUAAGAAAAUCUCUCUGUAA